AUGUCCUUGAUGGUUCUAUUGGCGGAGACAUCCCACCGUAUCUUGCCACUUUUUACUCCCAGUUGCAACUGCUGCAUUGGCUCUGCAGACUUGUUAGAGAUGAAAAAUGCAACACAUGGGUUCAACCGGUCAAGCAUUUUCUUAUGGAUAUUUCCUGGGAAAUAAAGUCGAAACAAAAUGAUCGUUUCAUCGACAAACCACAAGCGU